AGUGAGCAGUGCAGGCGGGUAGUCGCUGUGCUGUGGGGCAGGGAUGUCAAUGCCAGGUAUCUGCAGUACAGCUGAGUGAUGCCGCCUGCACUGUGACCAUCCCGCCGGCGUGCCGCGUACCCAGCAGGAUUUCCGUGACGAGCUGCCGCCGCCUGUAUCCGGAAGACGCUGCUGCUUCUCUCCCAGCAGCUGAGCGCUCGGAUCCCAGCAGGCAUGGCAGCCCAUUCACCGCCGCCCACCGCUCGGGUACAGCCGACUGAGAACCGCAGGUUGUUGAAGCUGAAGGAAAUGUUCAUCUCUAAUUUUGGGUGCGAGCCAUCAUUUUACGCACGGGCACCAGGACGGGUCAACUUAAUAGGGGAGCAUAUUGAUUACUGUGGCUAUGCUGUACUUCCAAUGGCUAUUGAACAAGAUAUUCUGGCAGCUGUUCAAUCUGUUCCCUCUCAUGUACUUCACUUGACCAAUACAAAUCCAUCAUACUUAGACUUUUCAGUUGGUGUAAACGACAUUCAGAUUGAUAAGACCAAGCCAUUGUGGCACAGUUACUUUCUGUGUGGAGUGAAAGGAAUCCAGGAACACUUCAAUCUGAGCAGCCCCACUGGAAUUAAUUGUUUGGUUGAUGGAACCAUUCCACCCAGUUCUGGCCUAUCAAGUUCAAGUGCCUUGGUGUGUUGUGCUGGGCUUGCAACCCUUAUUGCUAAUGGAAAAUCUCUUUCCAAGGUUGAACUUGCAGAAACCUGCGCAAAAUGUGAACGUUAUAUUGGCACAGAAGGUGGCGGGAUGGACCAAUCCAUCUCUUACUUGGCAGAGGAAGGAACUGCCAAGUUAAUAGAAUUCAGCCCACUGAGAGCAACCGAUGUGAAACUACCCACUGGAGCCGUUUUCGUCAUUGCCAACAGCUGCGUUGAAAUGAACAAAGCCGCAACAGCUAAUUUCAACAUAAGAGUUGUGGAGUGUCGCCUUGCCACCAAGGUUCUAGCAAAGUCCAAAGGGCUGGACUGGAAGAACCUGGUAAAGCUUGGAGAUCUUCAGAACAGGCUGAGUGUUAGCCUAGAAGAUAUUCUGGAGGUGGUUGAGGAAAUCUUGCAUCCUGAACCUUACACACGAGAAGAAAUUUGUGAGUCUUUGGGAAUUAGCUUAGAGGAGCUUCGUGCCUCGAUCUUGAGCCAAAACACACAGGAUGUUUCCACCUUCAAGCUGUACCAGCGAGCUAAGCAUGUGUACAGCGAGGCCGCAAGAGUUUUAACCUUUAAGAAGGUUUGUGAUGAGGCACCUGCCAAUGCCGUCCAGCUGCUGGGAGACCUCAUGAACCAGAGCCAUGUGAGCUGCAGAGACAUGUAUGAGUGCAGCUGCUUUGAGCUGGAUCAGCUGGUGGACAUCUGUCUGAAAUCUGGUGCUGUUGGAUCACGGCUUACUGGAGCUGGAUGGGGAGGCUGCACAGUUUCUAUGGUCCCUGUCGAAAAGCUGAGCGACUUCCUGUUAAAUGUGCAAGAGAAAUAUUACAAAUCAGACACCCGCAGAGCUGCAAUGCAGAAGCAGAGCCUGUUUGCCACAAAGCCUGGAAGUGGAGCCAUGGUAAUUCUAGAAGAAAAGUGAAUCAUCUUUUGCAAAUCUAUAUAAAUGUAUAUGUAGAUAUACGCAGUAAACAUGGUUACUAGCAUAUUAUGAAAACUUCAAUGAAAUAAAAGAAUGCAACUGGAAA